UUUUCUCUCUUCAGGCUUCAAUUUCACAAUAGAUUUCUCCAUUAUGCAUCACUCAAGAAAUAAGAAGUGUUUUGUGUGCAACAAACCAACACUUGGCAUCUUCAACACUGCACAUGAAAUCAAGAAGAAGAUGAUGACAUUGAAACUAAUAUAUAAUAAGCACUGGUUUACUGAGAUCCCCACCCACCCAAAUUUAUUAAAUAUUUCCCCCAAGUCCAACCCAACUCAAGUGAAAGUUAGUUUUGACCUUGAUCCCAUUGAAACUAAUAUAAAAAUAUUCUUAAUAGUCCAAUAUAUAGAGGCAUCACAAGAUCCACUCAUAUAAUAGCCUGUUUUAGAAAACAACAAUAUGAGCAAUGGGUUGUGAUAAUUAGGAAUGCUAAAGUUUAGAGUUGUUAAUUUCCUUUAGAUUCAUUAUCCUUAACAUAUUAUUAUUUGUGUUAGACUUGGUGUUAGAUUUGUUCUGAUAUUGAUUUUUGUUGGUUAUUAUACAGGGUACCUGUGGAUCCUCUUGAAUGGCAUAUUAUUAUUUUUUAUUGCUAUUCUGUAUCUCCUAGCAUCAUUGGGAAAAUUGGCAUUAGGAGCCACUGUUGCAUAUGCUGGAUGGAAGGAAAAAAUUACGCCAUGCACAAAGAAACCUCCAUCUUUUGUUGAAACCAGAAUUAUCAAGCAUAUGUGGAACUUUGAGGCUUCUGGUGGAUGUCAAGUGUUUGGCUGAAAAGCUUCUUGAAUAUGUCAUGAAUAACCACCUCGUUGUUCGAGAUCCUGAGACUAUUCUCUUUUCAAGCACUCCAUGGAUGGUGAGGAAUGAAACUCGUGCAGGAACAGAAACUUUUAUCCGCGUAAGUGGUGCAACUUUUCAGGUUGAAGACAACACUAAGUACUUGCAAUCUGGUCCUCCUUUUCUCAUUCUUCUUCAUCUUGCUUUGGGUGCACUUUGGGAGAUUACUCGACAGAAGGAUCUUGUUUGUUCCCCACCAACAAGGCUGCAAUACUGAGUUUUAAUGUUGCAUGUGGAAUGGAGUUUUAAUGUUGUUUUGAUACGAGUGUUUGUAUAAUUAUACUACAUGAUUUCCAAUGUAUAUAUAGGGCAUCUAUAUGUAUUGUUAAUUCAAUAGGAUGA